AUGUCUGGUAAAAACGACGAGAACCGAAAGCUCUCGCAGGAUGAAAUAAUAAGCAAUACAAAAAACGUUGUACGUGGUCUUGAAACGUUAAAGAAUGAACAUUCGGGCAUCUUGAAAAAUUUAGAUUUUGGCGUUUCAAUUGGCGAGGCCAACGUGAAGACAGAUAUUUUACAAACGUCUUUAGAGAAAAUCGAACUUGGAAUUGGCGAAGCUCAGGUAUUUAUGUCGUUUGGGUAGUGUUAGGAGUUAAAAGUUCGCUAGUUUGGGGUGGGUGUUUGCUAGUUUGAGAAAAAGAAUGUUUAUAUUUUAUUAAUAGAUUUGUAUUAUUAAUCAUGCUAAUUUGUUACAAUCUGACAGAUGAAACUCGAAUAACCACAUGACUUAAUAUUCUACCAACAGAUUAUCUGUCGGGACGAACUUUAGCAAAGGAAAGAUUGUUCGUCUAAUAAUCAUUGGAAUCAGAAGAAUCAUUGGCUACACACAGCACGCUAAAAAUCUCACAGCUUAUCAACAAGAUAUGUUCGCACUGCUUGUUCCCAGUUGUUGAUAAGUCUGGAACAAGUUGUUAUCAUCUUGUAACAAGGUUGACGAGGCCAACAGACUCGCAACAAGUUGUUCCAACAAGUCUGAUAUCGUCUGCACGUAACAAGUUGUUAACAAGUUGAUGACAACAAGCUUGAAGCAACUUGUUGCGAAUAGCCUGUAUUAGUCUUGUUGGAACAACUUGUAGCAAAUCUGUUACCAUCAUCAACCUUGUAACAAGAUGAUAACAACUUGUUCCAGACUUGUCACGCAACAACUGGGUACAAGCAGUGCGAACACAUCCUGAUAUCGGCUGUAUGUGUGUAUUAUCCAAAUGUGGGAUACCAGAUUUCAAGUUUCUAGUACCCCACUGGAUAGUGCUGAAUUUCAAGUAUGGGUGCACCGGAACUCGGUUCCAGCCGGUUAGUUCCGGCUGGAAACCCCAAUUGUUCAGAGUUCCGGUUCAGACUGGAAUUAAUGAAAACCAUGGUCGGAAGACAAAGUAACAUAUGACCAUAUAUCACUUAAUGAAUCGGUUCCAGCCGGAAGUUCCUGCCGCAACUUUUUUUUCAGAUCUGGUUCCGGUUGGAACUUAAAAAAUUGAUUCCGGGGCACCCCUAAUUUCAAGUCCUGCCAAAAAUUGAUUCACCCACAUGUCAAAUCAUUAUUCCAGGUUAUGAUGGCAUUAGGCAGUCACCUGAGCACUGUCGAGGCGGAGAAACAGAAGCUCAAGGCUCAAGUACGCCGACUGUGCCAGGAGAAUGCCUGGCUACGGGAGGAACUCUCGGUAACUCAACAGAAAUUCCAAGAAAGCGAACAGAAAGUCGCUCAGUUAGAGGAAGAGAAACAACAUUUGGAAUUCAUGCAAUCUAUGAGAAAAUAUGACGAU